AGCAGGAUAGGCCGAGACUGAUGAGCUUGGAAGAUAGUACUGCGUUGGACGAUCUACAACGGAGAUUUGACAAGAUGCUGUCGCGAUAUACCCGCCGAUAUGAGAGCCAGUCUUUCGAGUCUCAAGCCGGCAGUGAAAGAAUCCCUGAUACGCAACCAAGCAUCCGUCAGCCUUGCCUCAUUAGGUGCACUUGGAGAUACCAGCAGACAUUACCCUCAAGCAGGCUCACCUGGCAAGACGAGUAGAACGAAUGGGACAUCAAAUAGAGACGAGCUACCUCGAACUUCGUCUCAUGACCAUAGAGGUCCACAAGCAUAUCCCUCGAGAGGUGGUCCGAGGAGACCAGCAGACGAGGUCUUCGGUGGUAAAGAAGAGGGUAGCAGGACUAGAGGCAGGAGCGUCUCCCCAUCCAAGUCACUUGCCGCGCCUCGCAACCCCUCACCGAGUCGUCCUACAUCAAGCUCUUCCUCUUCGAUCUCUCCGCCCAUAUAUUAUGCACGCAUGCUGCUCGAGACAUCCUCACAAAAGCUAGACGUUGAGAAGCUCCGCCGUUUGCGUGUUCUCCUCAGCACUGAGUCGCCUUCAUGGCUCGCAGACUUUCUAUUCACUGAGCGAGGCUACGAGGGCUUGAUGAGAAGGAUUGGAGAGCUCAUCGAGAUGGAGUGGAGAGACGAGAUCCAUGACGACAAGGCUCUUCACGAGCUGUUGAGAGGAUUGGUGGCUCUAGGAGCAACAGAUCGAGGCCGACUAGCCCUGACCUCUGCCAUCUUUCGGCCGUACCAUCCUCAAUUGGCUUCUCAGCCAGCUCGUAGCGCCCACCUACCCUCCACUACCUUGGUUGGCGCUCCGGCGAAGGAGGUAAACCCUCCAGAACUGCCAGUCGGAUGGGAGCGUCACCCUCCUUUCGGACCUCUCACCGCCCUGCUCCUCUCUGAACGCAAGCCGGGAGACCUCAAUACCCGCAAAUUGAUUAUAGAGCUUCUGCGGAUGAUCCUAUCUCUGGGUCUUCCCUCUGGCCUGAACCGAGAUGUCUUCGAUGGGCUGAAGGCAGAUCGAGAGGUAUCGGCAUGUUAUCAAGUCUACUCGGAGGAGCAUGACACCGUUUCGCCUCUACAGCUGUUACUGCUACUCUUGCACAACCCCAUCUCUCCCCGCUCGCUGUCCCUGCUGCCCUUCAUCUCCAAAUCACACCACCCACGGCCCUUCAAGACCUAUCUUUUGGAAAUUGCAUGCGUAGUGCGAGACUACUUCUGGAUCUUCUGCCAUGGACAAAAUCGAUUUUUCGAUUGGCGAGCGAUGGGAGAGGAUGGGAGAAGGAAAGUUGAUGGACCAAGCGUUCCUGGUGGGAUGACGGGUGGAGUCGAAUUUGAGGCAAUUGGCUACAUUACGACGCACCUGAAGCUCAUCAACUGCAUAGGAAAUUCCUUGUCAGUCUCGUCAUCGAAGGACUCAAGGACACCUCUCCUGUUUCACGUCGCCCUCUUCGACUCAGGAAUGGAGCGUCUGCUGCUCACACUACGGAGAGCAUCGCAGCAGUACUAUGGCCCGAUGCAUCUGGCCCUGGCCCACUACAUUCAUCUGGCCACGCAAUCAGGCUACAGACUUAGCGGUGAUGUGCAGAGCUGGUGUGAGAAGAGAUUGCAGCUGCGAAACGCUGUUGAGACCGAUGAUGGGCGCUUGGGUCUAGACUUCAGGAGCAUGGAGUCUCAGAAGCGGGAGGAGAACAGAGGCUCACGACCUGCCUCGCCGGUAAAAGCAUCGUUACGUUUGUCCGAUAAGCCGACACUGCCUGCGAAGCAUCGCCAAGACGCGGCAUCAAGGCCGGCUUCGCCGACGAAGGCGCGAGCUGCUCUGUCAAGCCCGCCUUGCUCUUCCGCUGCCUCUGCGUACUUGCCAUCAUCACCACCGAAGCUGUCAAACCGUCUACCGAAUGAUCAGGUUCAGCCGAAGACCGGCUCAGCGCCCUCAAGAAGCCCAGCAAAGCCCUCAAUCACAAUACCUUCCCCUGCCAGACCAGCAGCAAGCACCAUCCAUCCACCCGUCUCCCCUUCUCGUAACUCGUACGGGCAGGACAGCCUGAGCGGCCACUGGCUGGGUCAAAAUGCUACUGCACUCCUGGUAGCUAGUAGCAUCUCGAGCGAGAGCUUCUUCAAUGAAGCCUGGCCGACGGAGGAAGAUGCAGUUGCGUGCGGAGUGCCGUUGCCGGAGAGCCCUGUCAAGGCGGACGGCAGAGCAGAGCGGGCCUUUGAUUGGAAUGAAGCACCUCGAGAGAAGCUGCAAGAAGCAGCGGUUCAUGUCACUGUGCCUCCAGCACACAAAGCCAUGCCUGCACCCCCAAGCAGCGCAGCAAAUCAAUUCGGGGGCCCUGCGCGCUCGAUGGGAGGUUCACAUCAUGCUGGAGAAGAGGUCGCAAGGACAAGAGUAGCAGCACCUGUUGGGGUCGGAACGGCUCGGGAUCGUAUCCGACUGUGGGAAGGGCGAGCAGCAAACGCUUCGACUGGCAGUGGGCCUGGGCCUGGCAGGUAGACUGGACGAUAGCAGCCAGUAGCCCGGAGCUGUACGAUGUACUUAGUGACUCCUUUCGGUCUGGUCUUGCGAGAGA